AAAAAGAAGAAGAAGCAAGUAGCAGAAUAUUCGGUAGAACAAUUAGGGUUUGCUGUGUAAGGAGCGAGCGACCCGGUACCCUAUAAAUACCCCAUUUUGCCACUCUUCACCAAAGUGCCGCGUACUCCUACUAUUUGCUAACUCAUUCAGUAACAUCAAAGAAGCAAUCAGAAAUGGAGCAAACUUUCAUCAUGAUUAAGCCUGAUGGUGUCCAACGUGGCCUCGUUGGUGAGAUUAUCGGCAGAUUUGAGAAGAAAGGUUUCUCUUUGAAAGGUUUGAAGCUCAUCACUGUGGAUCGCGCUUUUGCUGAGAAGCAUUAUGCAGAUUUGUCUGCUAAGCCUUUCUUUAAUGGGCUUGUUGAGUACAUUGUUUCUGGACCCGUUGUCGCUAUGGUCUGGGAAGGUAAGGGUGUAGUUACCACUGGCAGGAAGAUCAUUGGAGCAACCAACCCCUUGGAAUCUGCUCCUGGUACCAUCCGUGGUGAUUAUGCUAUUGACAUUGGCAGGAAUGUCAUUCAUGGAAGUGAUGCUGUUGAGAGUGCAAGGAAGGAGAUUGCUCUUUGGUUCCCCGAAGGAGUUGCAGAGUGGCAGAGCAGCCUUCACUGUUGGAUCUACGAGUAGAAAAGUUCUAUGAAAGAUUUCAUGGCCAGCCUCUUUGGUUGUAACUUAUGAGUUUUGUUUGUCAUUUAAGUCCAGAAGUAACUUAAGAGUUUUGUUCGUCAUUUAAGUCCAGAAGUUAGAUGUUUUUAAGAUCUACUAGCGGUUCCCUAUUUGAAGAAUAUUUAAGUUGUGGUGUUUUAUCUGUUGUGUUCCAUGUGUUGCAAUUUCUAGUAAUUGAGCUUCCACAA